CCGAGCCAGUGGGAUGAUCAACCCAGUAUUCGCGGCAAACCACUGUAGCGGGAUCUGUUUUCCGUGUGCAGCGAGGAAAGCUAUGAGAUUAUCCCACCAGAUUAUCCCGCCGGGAUAUGCUUAUCACCUUCACUGACGCACGAAAGUUAAUUUGUUUGCCCUAACCGGAACUUUGCCAUUCUUAUCGUUUAUAGUCCGGAAUAUGUGUAAAUUUGUCCAACACUUGUACCACAAACUUUCUCUUUGUAAUGAAUAAUAUCGCAGAACGCUACACCGCAUAAUAGAAAAAUGUUCGGCAACAGGACAAGAGGUCCUUUAUUAAAACGAAAGGAACACCGGUUACUACGUUUUCGUCAUCAUUAACAUGACCAGCUCCGCUGGAAUUAUUGGCGCCGCAGUCGGAUGCGGAUCGGCUUUGCUAAUAGUGCUAGCGUUCAUUAUAUUUCGCCACAAACUUAAGAGAAAUGAAACUUCCUGCUGGGGGUUGUUCCGCCGUUCAGCUGACAAAGACCAGUUUGGGAGUAAUCAAAGUGUACUGUCUUCCACGUUACAAAAAUCCCCCACAUCCACGUCAUCGGCAUGGAGCUCUUCUGUAUCCAAAAAGAAUCUCGGUCAGCUGAAGGCCACGCCAAUUCAACCGGAAGCGUCCAGCGUCAGUAGCGGUUUUGGAACCGACGCACACUGCCUGACACCGAAUCAAAAAUUAUUCCCGCUUGAUUACAACCGGAAACUAUCUUGCUCCACGGGGUACUCUUCCCAUUCAAGCGACACCAACCGCAGCUCCAACGAAAAUCCUCUAGAGAUAAAACUGCAUUACCGCAUGUACUAUGAUCUCGAUAAUGCCCAGCUCAUACUGCAUAUUCUGGAAGCGCAAUUUUGCAAGAAAACUGCCGAUGGAGAAUCUGUGUGUUCAUCCCCCGAGCGACAAAAAUAUCGUGAUACGUACGUGACCUUUCAUCUAUCCACGUCAAACGGCGAUCGACGAUUUGGUCAAACGAAAAUUGCUCGCGUCAAUGCAACAGCAGUGACUAAUUAUGGGGAAAUUUUCGCUCUACAAGCCAAUUUUGAAACCUUAAGGGACCAGCGGAUUCAUUUUGACGUGUUAUUUUACAACAAUUUCUCCAGACCACAAUCUCUUGGGAGCCUCUCGGUCCCGCUGCAGGCUCACCCAUUAGAUAACACUGAUGUAUGGAUUGAUCUGAGCUCAUCCUCGUCACCGGUGGAACACAAUACCAAAGACUCUAUAAGUGGGCCACGACCAGAAAUUCUGGUGUUCUUGAGCUUCCAUAUUCCACGUGAUGAACUGCAAGUAGACAUUAUUAAAGCUAAAAACCUUGCCGGAUUAUUCCCAGUUUUCAGUCAGGAAGACUCAGAACUAUACCUGAAGGUAUGCUUAAUUCUCGGCGAUGUCAAAAACAAGCAGCGAUCUAGCUCCAGGGAUUUCUCGCAGUCGGCUAAUUCGACUAUAGCAUGGAACGAGUCCUUUGCCUUCCCCGUCACAUAUGCCCAAUUGGAUCACUGUGUACUGCUUAUUUACAUCAUACAACGCACCAAAGCCAAGAAAGAGAAGAUUGCCGGAAAGUGUACAGUGGGACCAUUCGGUGGUUCUGCAAAUGCCGGAUACUUGCAGUGGCAGCAACAGGCAAAUUCCCAAAUUAUACGCAGUAUCGCAAUGUGGCAUCCUGUCCAUCGGUAUCACGACGGGAAGGAUCGAUGAUUAUGUGGAAAAUAAACUCAAUCUGUAUCUAACGAAUUUAACUGACUUGUGAGGGAGGUAAACAAUAUGAGGAUGUUGAGCGGUCUGUAGUGUUCAUGAGCUAAUCUUAAACUCUGGAAAGUAGUCACCCUUUCCUAAUUUCGGCAUUUCCUAUAAUAUUAUUAUGCCAGCGAUAUCCAUUACCUUUAACCUCGAAGAAACUUAAGCUGUAUCAGAGUCGAACCUUGUUGUAAUAUGAUAUUCAGGUCCUUAUAUAAUUAGCAGCGUUGAACUGCACUUUAGCAUACUUAUGCAUCUAGAUCUGCUCCAUCGACAUAAAGGCAGGCUCGAGUUGUUGA